UUAUCAUUCAAUUUUUUCCAUAAUGGCUGUGUUUACUACACGAACUCUAACUCUCCAAAGGCUAUCGAAAUUAUUUGAAAAAAGGUUCAUAUCAGUGUCCAAAACACUUUCCAAAGAUAUGACUGUAAGAGAUGCUAUCAAUGGCGCAAUAGACGAAGAAAUAGAAAGAGACGACCGCGUCUUUCUUAUAGGAGAAGAAGUGGCACAAUACGACGGUGCAUACAAAGUGUCCAGAGGUUUAUGGAAAAAACAUGGCGACAGAAGAGUAGUAGACACUCCCAUAACCGAAAUGGGCUUUGCAGGCCUAGCCAUUGGUGCUGCUAUGGCUGGUCUAAGACCAAUUUGCGAAUUUAUGACAUUUAAUUUUUCAAUGCAAGCAAUAGAUCAAGUAAUUAAUUCAGCUGGAAAAACACUCUACAUGUCUGCCGGUAUGGUGAAUGUCCCUAUAGUAUUUAGAGGACCAAAUGGGUGUUCUUCCGGGGUGGCAGCUCAACAUUCACAGUGCUAUGGUGCUUGGUAUUCACAUUGUCCUGGGUUAAAGGUGGUCGCACCUUAUAGCUGUGAGGAUUGUAGAGGACUUCUAAAAUCGGCUAUACGUGAUCCAGACCCUGUUGUUUGCUUGGAAAAUGAAAUAAUAUAUAAUAGUACAUUUUCGGUGUCAGAUACAGCUUUAUCCAAAAAUUUCCUUAUACCUUUUGGUAAAGCGAAAAUUGAAAUUCCUGGAAAACACUGUACACUAACUUCAUAUGGUAGGGCUAUGGAAGCAACUUUAUUGGGAGCACAUGAACUUAAAAAGCAAGGUAUAGAAUGCGAAGUAAUAAACCUGAGAUCCUUAAGACCUUUGGACAUAGAAACAAUACAUAAAUCAGUAUCAAAAACUCACCAUUUAGUAUCAGUGGAACAGGGAUGGCCCCAAUGCGGUAUUGGUGCUGAAAUUUUGGCCUGCAUAAUGGAAAGUGAAGUUUUUUACCAAUUAGAUCAACCAGCACAAAGGCUCACAGGUGUAGACGUACCGAUACCUUAUGCAAUUGAGUUGGAAAAGAUCUCAAUACCACAACCAAAAGAUGUCGUGGAAAUGGUGAAGAAAUUAUUAAAGAAAUAACUUAAUUAGUUUUGAAUUAAUAACGUUUAAUUAGUAAAAUG